AUGCCUCUGUCCUCCGUGGCUGGUGGCCUCGCCCGCGUCGGCGCCUGGAUUGUCUCCGACAAGGCCUGGGGCCUCGUGGAGAGCUCCCUCGGCAACGCGACCGAGUGUGCGGUCGCGUACGGGCUCGUCGGCUCGCUGAAGUGGGGAGCGGCCCUGAUCUCCAUCGCGUCCUUCUUCCUGGGCGUCUUCGUCGGACGCUAUGCCGUUCCAAGUUCGAGCAGUCUGGAUCCGAGCGAGAAGGCCGACGAGGACGGGAGGUUGUGGUAUAUGGCGACGCCCGACGGAGACGUCUACCCGCACGAGCUGACGGCCCAGGCAUUGCGUAUCAUCGUGCCGUACGAUAUGACGGAUCGGAGGCAGCUGGCCAACCGAGAGGGGGCCAACCCCGUGGGCGUCGGCACCUACGGCAGGGACUGGGUGAUGAGCCCCGCAGCCUUCGCGCUCCAGUUGCGCUUCGUGUUGGGGCAGUCGCUCGACGAGGUGCUGGAGACGGCGGCGGCGGCGGCUGGAGCCCCCGAGGAGCCCGAGGCGGAGGCGAGGCCGGCGGCGGCGAGAGCGCCUUCAGGAUCGGCCUUGGCCUCGGCGGAGAUUCCGACUGAGUGGGGCUCUGGCCGCGGGCGCCUCCCAGACCCCUCGCCGUCGCGUUGGCGCUGCAUCGCCUCGAGCGACGGCGAGGGGAAGGGCUUGCUGCCCGACGAGGACCUGGACGCCUUCGUGAUCGCGUCGGGGUUCGGCAUGGCGAUGAAGGGGGGCCGCACGAUGCUGGUGCGGGCUCUCCCUCCCGACGGCGGGGACGAGCUCGACGCGCGCGUCCUCGCGCUGCGGGCCAACACCACGGAGCGCUUCCUCGGUAUGCGUGAGGCUGUGGCGGAGCUCACCGAGACGCAGUGGGAGUUCUUCCCGAUCAACGGGCCCCGCACCGUGAAGUGGGUGUGCGAGUUCGUGCGGGAGAAUGACGUCACCUUCAGGUCUCGGCACGCCAAGUUCAAGGCCGAGACGGGACUGUCGUCGUCGGACCAGGACGUCUCCGUCCAUGAGCUCUGCUGCCGCAUCAUGCAUCUGCUGCUGACCUGCGACCAGCUCAACGCCAGCGAGCUGUCGUGUGCAGAACUGGUAUGUCGUCGACUCCAGAUGGCCGAGUACCGCCAUCGCGAGAGGGUUCUCACGACCUCUCGAGGUGACGAGCUGCUCGAGGACUCGCAUUUGUACCUCGGGACGGGCGAGACCCGCGGAUUGGUCUGCAUCUCGCCGAAGCUGCUCACUUUCGUGACGGAUGAGCUCCACAAGGAGAGCCUCGUUCUCAAGGAGCGGCGGAAGCUGAAGGAGGAGCGGAUGGCCUCGCGGGGUGAUGACGGACACGGCGGCGGGGGCGGCGGUGACGGCAAGGCACGCCUUUCAGGAAUGCAGAGCACCGUUGAUCGCCAGAAGUCGGAGAUCGAGAAGUUGAAGAAGCAGCUGGCGGCUGCACCCAGGGCGGACUCUAAGGGAAAGGGCCGUGGAGGUGCUACCGCUGGCGGGGUCGUCUCGGCGCUCAAUUUUCUCAACGGGCGCCUGGGCGGCGACGGGUUCGACAAGUUAUCGGCGGCGCAGCUCACUGGCAUCGAGUCGCUCUACGACCACCUGCUGGAGUUCGGGCCUCCCGAUGUCAGUCCCACGGCGGCUUACACUGAGCUGCGUGGGUGUUCUCCUGGGUACGACAUGUCCCCAGCGAAGGCGGUUCUGUUCACCGAAGGGAGCGUGGCGGUGCCUUCGGACUCCAGGAAGUGCGAGCCCGCCUACCUGUUGUCGGAGUCCGUGCGCGACUUGUGGCAGGACUGGGAGAAGCAUCUCUUGCGCCCUCGUAAGGAGUGGCUUGCUAAUGUACCACCUCACUUCGACGCCAGGUUGAAGAGCUCGCCGAAGCUCUACGCCAGCUUUUUGCACGACUUGUUCAAUGCGGGGAUGAUCGAAUUCACCAGCGAGCGCAAGCACACGCUCGCGCCGUUCUUCGUCGCCAAGCGGGACGGGAGCGGCCAGCAGCGGAUGGUUCUGGACACCCGGCGUGUCAAUCGUAUGUUUUAUGACCCCGACGUCGCCGAGCUGCCGACGGCAGGCAGCUGGCAGAGCCUGCGGCUCGGGGCCGACAGCAGCCUCUUCCUCGGUCAGUGCGACAUCGAGGCAGCCUUCUAUCGGUUCCUUGCGCCGCCUGGUCUGAGCGAGCUGAUGAUUCUCCCGAGUAUCGAUCGCGGUGCUCUUGCCAACGUGCUGCCGAGCGGCACUCUCGACGGCAUCGUCGGUCGCAGGUGUUCGCCUUGUCUGAAGGUGCUGCCCAUGGGCUGGAACUGGAGCCUGUUCUUCUGCCAGCACGCCGUCGAGGGUAUGCUGAGGACCGUCGGCAUCGGCGAUCACAGACUCGUCCACGAGAGGAAGGUGAUUCCCGACCUCGAGGGCGAGACCGUCGCCGCCGCCUACGUCGACGGAGUCGCCGUGAUCGGCUCCAAGUACGACGUGGUCGUCUCGCAGCUGGAGACGGUGCACGGCGCGUUCAACGCGGCGGGCCUCCAGUGCAAGGAGAUGGAGCCGCCGAGCGAUCACCAGAAGUUCACAGGUCUGAUCUUCGAUAGAGAGUCGGGAAGGAUAUCGCUGGGGCGGUCGCGGAUGUGGAAGAUCCGCCAGGCGCUGCUGUGCCAGGCGUCCCAGCGCUACGCCACGGGAAAGGAGCUGGCCAGCCUGGUCGGGCACUUCAACUGGGCGGCCCUUCUUCGCCGACCACUCCUGUGCAUCUUCCAGUCGACGUAUCGGUUCAUCAAGAAGGCGGGUGACAGCCGCUGGAGGAUAUGGCCCGAGGUGAUUCGUGAGCUGCGAGUCGCCGCCGCUCUCGUGCCCUUCGCUUACUGCGACGCGAAGCGGCCCGUGGACUCGACGGUCUACUCCACCGACGCUAGCACGGGCGACCUCGACCCUGCGGGCAGCUUGUACGGCGGCUACGGGGUCACCAAGCGGGAGCUCAGCCAGCAGCUGGUGUUGGAGACAGCUCGGGUUCGCGAGCGGUGGCGCUACCACGUGGAGGGAGCCCUGCACGCCCGGGAGUUCGCCUUCGCCGCCCGCGACACCUCGAGGGAUCCGUCCGACGGAAUGUCUUUCGCCACUGUGGACUCGGACGUCGUCUUCCCGAUGGAGGCCUGGCGGAACGUGACCUUCGGCCGCUGGUGCCGCGAGGAGAACAUCCUGAGGCUCGAGGGGCGUGCCCUCGCGCUCGGCGUGCGCCACAAGAUGCGGUUGUGCAGCUACAGCAUUAUCCACGAUAUGUCCGUAGCCGUGAGAUGGCUACCUUCAGAGUGGAACACUUCAGACAAAGUUCGGUCGAAGGCGGCGGGUCGCGUCGAGUUGGCACGCCAGAAGGCCAAUCGGGCGAAGCUCAGAGCCGCGAAGUUCGGCGGACCCAACUGCGACCCUCGGCAUGAGCUGACCUUCUUGCAGAGGCACAAGGUGCGGGAGGCCACCAUCCGCAGCUUCGACAACCACGUGACCAGCUUCCUGGCCUGGGCCGCCGUGCCGUCGCUGGACGACAUCACGGCGGACCGCCUGGACGCCCUCCUGGCGGCCUACUUGGACAAGCUGUUCUGGGACGGGGAGCUGGCGGAGACGGGCUCGCGGCUGCUGGCGUCCGUGCAAUACAGGCUGCCGCGCGUGCCGCGGCCGAAGCACGGCGGCCUUCCGCUGGCGCGGGCCGCGCUCUCUGGCUUUCGAGUGCACUCGAGGAGCACUCCGAUGUCGCCCGUCGGGAAGCCGAUCGUGUGGGCGAUGAUCGGGAUCGCCGCGCUCGAGGGGGACUUCGAGUGGGCGGGGGCGGUCGCGCUCGCGUGGGACGCGAUGAUCCGCCUCCCGAGCGACCUCGUCGGCAUGACGGUCGACACGCUGGUGGGCCCAGGCCGCGGCGAGGAGCCCCGCUGGGCGCUGUUGCUGUACCCGAUCGAGGGAUCGGCCUGCAGCAAGUCGCUCGCGCAGGACGAGGGCGUGCUGCUGCGGAGCGCGGCCUGGCGUGGCGGCUGCGGGAGCUUCCUGAAGCUGCUCCGCGCGGCGCGGCCCGCUGGGUUGCCCCUGUGGUCGUUCAGCGCAACGACCUUCGGCGCCGAGUUCCGACGUCGGCUGUCACUGGUCCCGGGUGCGCCCGACAUGAUCCCGUACCAGCUGCGGCACUCCGCGGCGUCGCGCGCCACGGCGGUGGAGGGCAUGCCUCUGGCCGAGCUGCAAGCACGUCUACGCCACACGAGCGCGCAGAGCACGGCUCGGUACUCGCGGCACGUGCGCUACCUCGCGGAGCUCGAGAAGGUCGACGUCGAGGUCUCGGAGUGGGCCCAGGAGGUCGAGGACAGCAUCGGCCAGAUCCUCGGCCAGCAGCGGCGACCGCGGCGCCCCCGCUUCCUCAAGGCGGAGGCGCUGGCGUCGGGCAGGCCUUGCAAGACCUUGCCCGCGCGUGCCGCGCUGCCGCUGGCCAGUUCGGUGAGACUGAAGCUAGCAAUAUUCUAG